GGUCAGAUGAUUCAUAUCAGGAUUCUUCAGGCAGGGACAGAAAGAGAAAGUGCAAAUCAACUGCAAAACCCAAUACGGAUAGCUAGCAAAGGCUAGCGAAAUCUGUGUCAAACAGAUGGGAAGAUUUUGACCACCAACAGUAAAGGUUUUAGGUUUGUAGGUUUGUAGAUCGGAACAUAUAAAUUAAUCGCAGUAGGCAAAAUGUGGGUUGCUUAAUGAGAAAGUGAGUGACCAACAAAACAUAUGCGGCAGCUACGGAGCAAAUGUAAAAUUAUUUUUUGAGGGAAUACAACGCACAUGAUUUGCCAGCAGCUGUGACAAUAAUUAAUUUAAACAACGUAAACUUUUUUUCACCACUUGAGCUUUCUAUUUAUUUUAAUACGAAAGAAGAGUUUGGGAUUUAAAAAAAAAAAAAAAACAACUUCCUUCCACAAAUCGAAUACAGGAAAUGGAUAGCUUGGCUCAGAAGAUGACAGGCCUACAGUUAAACUUUCGGCCCAUCAUGGAGCCGCUGGGUUUCAUCAAAAUCCUGGAAUGGAUUUUUGCAAUCUUUGCAUUUGCGACUUGUGGUGGGUAUAGUGGUAAAAGUGUAAUAUCAGUUUUCUGCAGAGAUGGACCAAAUGCCACCUUGAAUGUCAAUUUCAGUUACCCUUUCAAGUUAAACCAAGUUGUGCUUGUUCCUAGUGGAAAGGAUAUAUGCAAUAGAACUCUACAGGAAACACACCUCAUUGGAGAUUCCUCCUCAUCUGCUGAGUUCUUUGUUUCCGUGGCUGUCUUUGCAUUUCUUUACUGUAUUGCUGCCCUGGUGUUGUAUGUUGGAUAUUUGCAUGUUUACAAUGAAUCAAACCGUGGGCCAAUGAUAGACUUCGUCGUGACGUGUCUUUUUGCCUUCUUUUGGCUGGUCAGCUCUUCAGCCUGGGCCCAAGGCCUUCGAAACGUUAAGACUUCUAUAGGUAUUGAGGGAAUCCGGGAGACAUUGUCAGCUUGUAAAGAAGAUGGUAUCACUUGUGAUGUUACAUCAUUUGCUAAUAUGGGAGGCCUGAGUGUCUCAGUGGUGUUUGGCUUUCUGAACUUGAUUCUUUGGGUAGGAAAUGCAUGGUUUGCAUUUAAGGAAACCAGCUGGCACACCCCCCCACAGACAGGCUCCACCACUCAGCAGGGCUCAGAAAGUGUGUCUGCACCGCCACGGAUGUAGGUCACAUUGGGGAAAUGAAGAGAGACCCCUCUGUUUUUCCAAAUUAUUGUUUAAAAAAACAACCUAAUGCAGUCUGUGUGAUACUGUGCAACACGUCACAAUGUAGUGUAUUAAGAGUUGUGUCGUCUGCUGUGCUGUUUAACCUUUUGUGGCAGAGAAGGGGAAGAAACAAAUAAAUAUACAUCAGGUGUACAUUUCUGAAAGAGUUUCUCUUUAAAAAUAAGUUUCUCAUGAAUAUAUUGGGAAACAUAACUGAUGUAAGUUUCAAUAUACUCACCAUUGUAACGUAAAUCUUUUUGUGGAAUGUUAAAAGUUCACUACAUUAUUAUUAUUGUUUGUGAUUUAUGAAAAUUUUUUUCAUUGCAUCAUUCAGAUUUACUUGACUUUUUCAUUGCCUUUGAAGUUUGUGAAGAACAUGCAUGUAUUUUCAUGAAUGAAAGCAGCUGUUUUGCAUAGUAAUUUUAUAUACUCUUGCUUAAUAAGCGCUGCACACAUUUGUUUGUCAGUAUUUCAUAAAACAGCUUUGCAGAAUUGUUAUAUGUUCUAAGAAGAAGAAAACUAAUUUUGUAUUCAGUAGUAUAUUACAGAAAUAGAUUCACCAAAAAUGUAAAGUUAAAUAUUGUGUAUCUUGGCAUAUUGUGUUUUUUGGGUUCCACUAGGCUGUGCUGCAUUUGUUCUGUAAAAAGCCGAUGAGCAGUUUUUGUGUACUUAUUUGAUUUCUUUAUAUUUACUCAUGUCACUUUCUGGUUUAUUGCCUAUUGCACCUGGAAAAAAGUGUCUGCAGAGGUUGUCAAAAUACAUCUAAAAGCAGUAAUCUUU